AUGUCAACAGAAGCACCAGUAUCACAUAUCAUACCCUUAGAGCUUGUUGACAAGUGUAUUGGCUCUAAAGUAUGGGUUCUCAUGUCUGGUGAUAAGGAAUUUGUCGGAACAGUUGUUGGAUUUGACGACUUUGUCAACAUGGUGUUGGAAGACGUUGUGGAAUAUGAGGCUGAUGGCUCACAAGUACAUAGAAAGAAGAUUCUCUUAAGUGGAAACCAUAUAACUAUGUUGAUUCCAGGAGGGGAAAGACCACAGUAA